GGAACCUUCUGAGUCCACUCCACCCAAUUCUCUCUCUCUUCUCUUUCUCUCUUCAACAUUCUCUCACACCAAAGCAACAACACACACACUGAGAGCGAGGGGAAUUCAACUUUCUGCAAUGGCGGUUUCUUCUUCUUCUGCAACAAAAUGGGUCGUCUUCUUGCUUCUGGCGCUGCUUAUUCGAGAAGAAGCUAUGGCUACACCACAGAUCUCUGACCUCAGGAAUCUUGAAGUUGAAAGACACAGGUUGCCGAGCUUGACGAACUCGUCAAUGGCGGAGAGGGCAAAAGAGGCUGAGAAAUUAAAUGAACAAGCUGCAGUGGCUAACCCAGAGGAAGUGGUUUCAAUGGUUGAGAUGAGCAUCCAAAACAGCACAGAGAGGAGGAAGUUGGGAUUUUUCUCUUGUGGAACUGGCAACCCCAUUGAUGAUUGCUGGCGUUGCGACCCCAACUGGCAACGCAACCGGAAGCGUCUUGCAGAUUGUGGCAUUGGUUUUGGCCGAAACGCCAUCGGUGGCCGUGAUGGAAAAUUCUAUGUGGUGACUGACCCCAGGGAUGAUGACCCCGUGAACCCGAAACCCGGCACUCUUCGCCAUGCUGUGAUCCAGGAUAAGCCAUUGUGGAUUGUGUUCAAGAGGGACAUGGUUAUUCAGCUGAAACAAGAGCUGAUCAUGAACAGCUUCAAGACAAUUGAUGGUAGAGGAGUCAAUGUGCACAUUGCUAAUGGAGCAUGCAUCACAAUUCAGUUUGUUACCAAUGUCAUCAUCCAUGGCUUGCACAUUCAUGAUUGCAAACCUACUGGAAAUGCUAUGGUGAGAAGCUCCCCAACCCACUUUGGUUGGAGGACAAUGGCUGAUGGAGAUGCCAUCUCCAUAUUUGGCUCAAGCCACAUUUGGGUUGACCACAACUCCUUGUCACACUGUGCUGAUGGCCUUGUGGAUGCUGUCCUAGGCUCAACAGCCAUAACUAUUUCCAACAACCACUUCACCCACCACAAUGAGGUGAUUCUGCUGGGCCACAGUGACUCUUACACAAGAGACAAGCAGAUGCAAGUGACCAUCGCAUACAACCAUUUUGGAGAGGGACUUAUCCAGAGAAUGCCACGUUGUAGACAUGGAUAUUUCCACGUGGUGAACAAUGACUACACUCACUGGGAGAUGUAUGCUAUUGGUGGAAGUGCUAAUCCCACCAUCAACAGCCAGGGCAACAGAUACAAUGCUCCUACUAACCGUUUUGCCAAGGAGGUGACAAAGAGAGUGGAAACAGCAGAAAGUCAGUGGAAGGGUUGGAAUUGGAGGUCAGAGGGAGAUUUGUUGCUGAAUGGCGCCUAUUUCACACCAUCUGGUGCUGGAGCCUCAGCAAGCUAUGCAAGAGCCUCUAGCUUAGGAGCAAAAUCUUCUUCCAUGGUUGGUUCCAUGACUUCCAAUGCUGGUGCACUAGGUUGCAAAAGAGGCAGUCAGUGCUAGCAUAUAUUAUCAUCAACUACAACCAUGUGAAUGAAAGAGGUCAUCCAUUAUUUUUCUUUUGUUGUUUGAUUCUCAAGGUUUUACCAUAUUAUAGUAGAACAUCAUCAUCAUCAUAUAUCCAUAAUCCAUUGCUUUCUUUCCUCACACCUCCAUCAUCAUAUCCUGCAGUAUUCUUGACAAGUGUACAUUAAAUUACACAUGUCAAUAUGGUUUUAUGUGUUACCCCUUUGCCACACCGUGUGUAUUGUUGUUGGUCAACCUUAGCUGCUCGACUUGCUCCAGCUGAAACAAGCAAUGCAAUUGUAGGAGCAGGUGCAGAAGCGCCAUCCAUUGUUUUCUUCCCUUUUUCAUUCUUACUCUUUUUUUUUUGCCUUUUUCUUCCUUUGGUCCUUCCCAUCUCAUCAACUCCCCCCCCCCCCCACACCAAUUCAUAUGCAUAUUUUUCUCAUGUCUCCUUACAUACUGUUCAAUCAUUUUCAGUUUUAUAGGAUUUGAAUUGAAUGAGUCCAAUAUGAUUUUUCUUUUACCCCCCUGUUAUUAAUUUACUAUUUGUUUUGUUAGUUAAUUAUACAAGCAAAAAAAGCAUGAUUGUCAAAGUCUAGUUACAUGGAAACACUUUAUCAAGGACGAUUAUGGAAUUGUAAUAGUUGUGGUGUUGCUUUUUAACUUUCUCA